UUUUUUUCGGGCUUAGAUUUUGAUCAAAAUUAACAGAAUGUGCAGCAAAUAAGAAACGGCUACAAACUAAUUAAGUAAAUAGCCCAAUUGGUGUAACGACGAUUAAUGCGCUGAGCGAGCGACGCGUGUGGUGGCGGGGCAACAGCAGCGAUAAUGUUUAAACUAGAGUCCUACAUCACACCGAUAUUGCUGAACUACGUGGCGAAAUAUGUGAAAAAUAUUCGCGAUGAAGAUGCACAGGUGUCACUGUGGGAGGGCGAGGUGACGUUUCAAAACCUUGACUUGCGCCUUGAUGUUCUCGAGGAGGAGCUGAAUUUGCCUUUCGAGCUCGUGUCCGGCCACAUUCAUGAACUCUCCAUUCAAGUGCCCUGGACCAAGUUGACGUCGGAACCGGUGCGCAUUGAGAUCAACACGAUUGAGUUUGUGGCCAAGCUGCCUGAUGAGGAAGCCAAGAAGCAACAGCUGGCCGAGCGUCGACGACAGCGUCUCAGCGGGGAUGUGGUCGAUGAGCAGCAGGGCGGCGGCGCCAUCAAUUCGAGCGUGGUCAAUAAGAUCAUUAAUAAUAUCAAUCUGCAGUGCCACAACAUCAUUUUGAAGUAUGUGGACGAUGAUAUUGUCGUCUCCAUGAAUGUGCAAUAUCUAAACUUUAGUUCGGCUAACGAACUUUGGGAGCCAGCUAUGAUGGAUGUGAAUCCUGUGCAGGUGCUAAUGCGCAAGUUGCUGCAGGUAUCGGAUCUCACUAUUUGCCUAGACAAACGCAAUACAGCCGGUAAAAUUGAGGUGUGCCAGGAGCCCAUCCUAUAUCGUUGCACCUUAGAGUUGCGUGUGCUGCGCAAGUACAAUGUGAACACCCUCAACACAUCGAGCACCACUCGCAUUGGUGUCUUUACCAAAUCACUGGACAUCAAUGUAUCGUCACUUCAAUUUCCCAUGGUCAUGCGCUUGGUGAAGAUCUUGCUGGAACUUAAGCCCGCCAACAUUGAGGAGGACUCGUUCGUCUUAGAAGAUCCGGUAGAGCCACCAACUAGCGAUUCGAUGCAGCAACGUGUGGCGCCCGAUGCACCAAACACCAUGUUUGGCUGGGCCUGGAAUCUGUUGCCCAGCUUUGAGGCAACCGCGCCACCUGCCGCGGACGAGCCAAUUGGCCACUUCUUUGACGUUGGCGUCUAUGCGGAGCAGCUGAAUUUCCAGCUCAAAAAUUCAGAGAUAUUUACCGAUCAAGUGAUGGGCGGCAUUAAACGCAUACGCUAUACUCCCAUAAUGCGUAUAAGUCUGGGCGGGAUUUACUACGAGCGGUCGCAGCUCAAGGAGAGCGAUUGGGCAAAUGUGAGAGCUGGUUUGUCCAGUCUAAAUAUGGAACCGUUGGGUAUCUAUCGUAGCGAGGAUCCCAUGACGCAGAAUCUGAUGAACACGCAGGAGGCGGAAAACGAACGUGGGUUUGUGGAUAAGAGCCUCUUCGACGAGCAGUAUAUGUUUGCGGAUCGGCCCUGGUGUAGCAAUAACCAUGAUGAAUACUAUGCACGCAACACGGAUGACUAUAUGCUAUAUCGAAGUCCGGUGUUGGCCUUUGACAUUGUCGAGUAUCGUGCGCCGCAGGCGCAGACCAGAAGUCAUGUGAUGCAGGGAGCACAGCUGAAAGAUGCCGGGUUGCGGGUGAAGUAUCGUUUGCUGUCCGCUGGCAUCACGUUCCACUUUUCGCAGUCGUUUCUUCAGGUUAAAAAUGUUAUUAGUGAUUUAUUGCGUCCUUACGAUUACACCGGAUAUCAUGCAGAAGCUGCCAGUGAAAAUGUCAAUCGUCCAGUUACUCGAGACCAGGAGUACAAGAACGAGUACAUGACCUACUCGGACAUUGAGUACUUGAUGCGUUUCAUGCCCGUUUGCAACUAUCACGUCGAUCUGCGCAACAUGACGGUGAAGUUUUAUCCACGCCAACAAAGCUAUGAGGGAUCCACGGCUGCCAAUCAACAUCGUUUGAGCACCACAUUCAGCCAGACGCUGUUGCCGUAUUUGCAGGUGAACAUGUCAUCGGUGGUGGGCACAAUAUGCGGACCGGCGAAUCCAAAGCGUCUGGUUCACUUGAUCACACAUCUUCAGGACAAACCGCGCGAGAUUAUCGAUUCGUGUUACAAUUUCUACAAUUUGCACGUGAAGAAUCUAACUGUGAUGGCACUGAACACCAAUCCGGAGAUGGGCAAGGCCAAGCUGGUGAAUAUACCCAGCAUGCAGGUGAACUUCAAUCGUUUAGUAUUGCCCCAUCUCUGGCGACCGAAUGUGGCUGCCUUGGAGUCGGCAGAAAUAAUCUCGGAGCUUAUCAGUCUGGAGUUCUCUAAGCGUGAACUGGUGCUCCUCAAUCGCAUGAUACUGCUGAUUAUUGCCUACGAUAGCGGGAGAUUGGGUGCGCUGGUCCGACUGGUGGCUCGUGCCAAUCUCUCGUCUGAUGUGAUUAAGCUGCAGACGUUGGUGACCAAGCUGCGCUUUAACUAUCGCAAAUAUCACACGCAUUACGCCAUGCUGCUGUCGCUGCGCAACCUUAACACUGAUGUCUAUCACACCAUGAUGCAUGUUCGCAAUGUAAUAAUCUCCACCAACAAGGGCAUCAACAAUAAAUGGCUGGAGCUGCAGCUUCAGAUACCGCGCGAGGGAUACGAGGAAUCGGAAGACUUGAAGCGUCCAGCCACCGCCGUCUGCCUAUGGCUGGAAAACUUCCGUGUCACGCUGGACGUGUAUUUAGUGCAAUUUUUUAACUGUUUCAAUUUCAAUGAUUGCGUCGAAAAUGGUGAUGUAGAAGCAGACUCGGAUACGCUGAGCUUGUUGGAGAGGAAUCAAUCGUUUUCGAAUUUAUCCUAUACCUCGGCCCCACUGAUCAAGCCAUCAAAUAUUGACAGGCAACCGCGACGUGCUAUGCGCAACAGUCGCAAAAUCUCCAUUCCCGCGGAGACAAUACAUUUGAGUUCGGAACGUGAGGAGAAAUCUGUCCAUACGCAAGUCAACACAGAGACGAACGAAGAGUCGAAUGAGGUGCUACUGGACAUGUCUGCGCUGAUCGAGCGACUUACUUCCAUUGUUGUCGUUGUGGACAUGGCAAAGGCCAGAAUUGAUGUGUGCGAAGUGAUGCUGAGGAAGACCAUGAAAGAGCAGACCGUUGAAUACACUGCGAUUCGCCUGCCACACACAAAGAUCACGUCCAGCAAUUGUGAUCAUGUGAUACGCGGUAACAUUCGCAACACCAUCCAUAUGACCAGCGGUCGCACAGAGCUCUGCAAGUGGGUUAUUGACUUGCAUGAUUUUUGCAUGUCCCUGCGUCGCGGGACAAAGUCUGAAUUGAUUGUAGCGCCAGUGCAGACUACUGUAACGAUAGCAUUGUCGCAAAAGGUAAGCGACAAGCCGCGGCCAAAGAAGACUAAACCGGUGGAAUCAUUCAUUGACGAUUCCGAUUUGGAUUUGGGAGGACAACAGAGCAAGAAAGUGGAUUGGCACGAGGCUAAGCCAUCCACAGAAUCAUUGCGCACCGUCUCCAUCAAUGUGCAUGUAGAUAUGUCUGAGAUCAGCAUCUUUGGUCGUCGUUUAAAGUUGCUACAUGAACACUAUGAAAUCGUGUAUUCCAUCUAUAAAGCAAUACGUCACCUGGAUGCCAACAAUGAGUGCAUGGAUAUCGCUGCUAAACGUCUACUACAAAUCUACACAGGCAGCGUGGCUAACUACUCGAAUAUCAAAGAUUUUCUAGAUCUAGAUCCCGACUACAUACCUAGCAGUAUAAGCUUUGUUCAAGAAGAAGGUGUCUCCUUGAUCAUAUUUUGCCAAUGGACCAUUCCGCGCAUCUCCUUAGAAAUGGAAACUGGCGGCACUCGUCGACAGCGCAAGAUUGUCAUGAACUUUGAGGAUUUGUUGCUGAAUGUGGAUAAGCAUCCGGAUUUCUCAAAAUUCACCUGUAAGGUGGAGAAUGUUAGUCUAAAUUACUAUGAGGCAAAUCAGCCGACAGACUUUAAGCUUGUCGACAAUAUCUAUAUUAAGAUGUUGCCCGACAGCUCCAAUUUGCCAAUGAUAAGUGUCGUUGUGACGACAGUUAGCCUCCAUGAUUUUUACUCUAAAAUUGGUGCUAUAAAUCUGCACAAUAAACAGCACACCAUCUCUGAGCUGAUCAUUGACUUGCAGCCAAUUGAAAUGAUAUUGGAUCUGGAUAAGAUUGCAGAGUUUGCAUUACUUCAAUGCGAGAUACUGGACAUUAUGCGUACCAAUCAUCGUUUAGGGUCUAGUAAUGAAGAGCUAGUACAAAAAGAGACCAUGCUAACCGUUCAGGAUCUGCCCAUAGUACAUCUUAAUAGCAAGGGCAUUUACAUCUACAUUCCACAGGAGACGGAAAAGAAGCGCUAUUCAGUUCUACUGCUGCGAAUCGAGAGCAUUAAGUUAACACCUACUGUUGAAAACCCUUUGGUGCGUUCUCUGAUACGUCAGGAUAUAUAUAAUAAAGCCGCAGAGCUAAACAUGCUCAACACGCCUGGCUCCCUGGUCGAGGAUCGUCAGUACGAGCUGAGUGUGUUAAACAUUUCACUUUCCUCCGGCAACUGGGAGCAAACACAAAAAUAUCGUUUGGCCAAAACGCUGUCCGACGAGCACAACAACCCAGCCUUUGAGUGGAAUAAUCAGGAACAAACCACAGAACUCGAACAUAUGGUUAUAUUCAAGGAGUUUGAUUUUAUCACCAUCUAUGCGCCUGCCAUGUGUUUCGAUCGCUUUCUGGUGGCUGGCCAAAUUAUCGAGUACAAUUGCCUGACGGACUUUUUGGCCACUUUGAACACGCAACAAAUUCGCUUGAUGUCCCGUCUCAUGGAGCAGCUGCUACGACUUCGAAACAUCUUGGACUUGGAGUGCCACAGAUCGCAAUCAAUGACGAGAUCGGGCGGCAACAGUUCGAAUAUUUCAUUGGCAGCCUCUUCUAAUUCUACGAACCCAAACUACAGCACAAAAACCGCAAGGAUUUCUAAUCGUCAUACCACGGGAACACAGAUGCCAAUGCGUGGAAGCUUUCUGGAUGCCCAGAGCAGCAGUGAGUUCAUGAUGGACGCCAGUCAGUGUGAUUCGGGCAUUAAUAUGCCCAAAAAUGCCCAAGCUACACAAUCCCAACCACACUUUUGGCUGCCAGAGACGACAGAGAGCCAUGUGGGCACUCGACAUAGACUCAGCUAUCCAUCGAGCGUGUCAUUUGUGGCUGGCAAGUUUGAGCUGCAGAUCUACGAUGCCGUGGAGGUGGAGAAUAAAGUGCUUUUGAAGCCGUUGCUGCAAAUAACCAUAUCACAGCCCAGUUUUCUGUCAAAGAAAACGCUGCACGUAAGCACAACCCAGGCCUCGCUGUUCGACUUUCAAAUCCACUUGGCCAAGACACUCGAAGAGCGAGAGCCUCUCAUCGGCUCACAGAUUAAUAGCGAACGAUUUAGUGAGUUCAUUUUUGAUACGAUGCCCGGUCCACUGGGCAGUUCUGGUAUUCCCCCGCCAUUACUCUCGUUGAAGGCGCAACGUGAUCGCACCCAACAGUUGGAGGUGGACGUUGAACUGGGGAAACCUUUGUUGAUUCGGCUCUGUGAACGAAGUGUGAAGCUGUUGUUGAGCGAUCUCAUCAGUAUCCACACAUUGCUGCAGGAGACACCGUACUUUGCCGUGCGCACCGAGAAACCUGUGGUGAACUCGACGCCAAUGCAACAAUUGAAGCUCUACUGUUUCAAUGCCGAUCGCAUGCAUUUAGUUUGCGAACGGUUAGCCAUCAAGUUCUACGAUGAGAAGCGUGCUUUUAACGUCAGCGCCAUCUGUCUCGACCUUAAUGCCAACGUCAAGUUCAACAUGCGUCCGAACAAGGCAUCGAUUAAGGCAACGUUGGGUUCCUUUUUGGUGCAGGCGGGCAAGAGAAUAUUUCUGCAUCCGCUGUUAAUACGCUUCUCGACUGAUCUGUUAAGCGAACCAUGGUGCGAUCAGCUCUUAAUUUCAUCUAUACUAAAGCUGAAUGUGCUGCACAUCGAUGCGAGUGUGAUGAGCAUUCUGCAGUUGCGCCUGGCCAAAGACAAAAUGGACAGUAUUAUGGAACAUGUUAAUAGCGAGUGGCAGCAGUUUUUGCAUAAUCGUCCAGCCAUUGGAAUGCCGCUAGUACUACCUACAGAUACGUUGUUUAAGUUUAAGCCAUUGCAGUCACAAAUCGUGCGCUCGAAGACCUCGUUGAAGCCCAAAGCUGAGUUCUAUCAGGACGAUCUACGCGCUGGAGCUUUUCAGUUUGUAUAUCUAAAGACGGAUUCGGUACUGCCGAUGCCAUACCAGGUGCAGAUCAUUAAGAAGAACUAUGGCAUUGUUUGUUGGCGCUAUCCGCAGCCACGCCAAAUGCACACAAUAUACAUCUAUCCAGUGCCAAUGCCAGUGGACAAUCCCAUACAUAUCAAGUGCCGCAUGGAAUACUUCAGCGAGACGCACGAAACAUUUUUGCAUUACUGUGAUUUUGAGCUGUCGGAGAUUUCCAGUAAGCAAUUGACGCCGCCGGAACGCAGCAUCAGCGCCACCAUCUGGCGAGUUGUGAUCAUGCAGUCGCUGAUCUCGGUGGAUGGCACGUGCUUCGAUGCUGACGAGGACGAUGACUUGCAAUCGAUCGAAAGCAAUCGUGUAGUGAACGACUAUAAAGGCAAUCUGGAUAAUGAUUUCAUAUUACAUCCCAAAGUUCUGGUAGGUUGCAUGCGGAUUGACACAACCUUCGAUGUCCAGCAGGUGCCGAAACUGCAGUUGCUAUUAUGCUGUCAGGACAUUGUGGUGAAUCUGCUCAACAUGCCAAAUGCCGCAAAUGUGCUCCCGUUGCAACUUAAGAAAUACGAUCUGAAAUUGACCACCGAUCUGACGCAAACCUUUCUCACCGUCCACAUGGAAAAUCUGCGUAUCCAUUCGAAUGUCUAUACGCGUAGCAACUAUAGCAUCGAUACGAAUUUCCGCAGCCGCAUCAAAUGCCUCGACUAUGGUUUCUUCAACAUGGUUGACAUACUUGAACCCAUGACAUUCCAGAGUUAUUUGCGUUUUAACCGUUCGCGUCGUCAGCUUAAUGCCAACAUAGUGCUCGACAAAUUGCGCAUUAAUUGCGGCCCUUGGGUGAUACACACGCUGCUCUGUUCCAAGCAGCAUUGGCUGGAGGUGAUGCAGCAGAAUAAGGUGGUCAAUACGUUGAUGCCACGCGUAGUGAUUGUUAAUCGCAUGCAGUGUCCCAUCAGCUUUGGUCAGACUGGCACAACGGAACGCAUAUUGGUCACACCACAGGAGGUGUCUCUUUACUACUUCAGCAGCGACUAUCAUAGCCAAGAGUUGACAUUCUUCAAGCCAAGCACUGACAAAGAUAAAGUAGAGGUCAGCGAAUCAGUGCACAUUGCUCUCAAAUUUGAGGAGAAGCGGCGAGUUCGUCAUGUGCGCAUUGGCAAUGCUUGUCUUACGAUUAAACAGGGCAAGCUGUCGGCCACUCAAGUUUAUGUGCUUAUCAAGGGACAGAUUGAGGUGGUUAACAUGGCCUCAUUUCGACUGAUCACUGACUUCCGAUCCGAGGUGGUUUCGAGCGAAGAGCAUAAUCUUCCAGGUGACUGGCUGCCUGCCAAGGGACGCACAUCCUUCUACAAGACUGUAAUGCGGAACGAGAACAUAGUCAUGCGGCUUAAAUUGAGCUCUGACCAAAGCAAGGGACGCACUGGCGACAUUCCAUUAAAACCCAAUAAUAACUUGCCCUGGUUGGUGAAAGUACCCACGCAGCAGCCACAGCAAUUCAUCAGCGUUUGGGUGCGUAUUCUGCGUGAGGACAUUCCCCUUGAAGGCAUGGAGGAUGGCUUCCAGCCGCAAAAAAUACUCGUCAGCAUCUGGCCCAUAUUUGAGAUCUGCAAUUUGCUGAGCUGUGAUCUGCCGGCAACUGAGACGACGACAGACGAGCAGCUUGUCAUUGCCAAACAGGGGGGCAGCCAACAGCUCAAUACGGCCACAACACAUUCCACCGAGCAUCCUGUGAAGUUCAAUUUUCCUUGCGAACUUGGCGAAGCUUCGCAGAGUGAAUACACCUUCAUGUUGAAGAAUAUGGAUUGGCAAAAGUUCUUCAACUAUGAUUCCGCCGAGUGGACCAUUGAGACAACGCUGCAGCGUCUAAACAAGACACCAAAGCCCAAAUGGCCCUUCGAUGAUGACGAGGAAAUGCGUGUGCAACGUAUCUCAAAAGUGCUCGACAAAUUGGAUAUUCAGUAUUGUGUGAAGCCAACGCGUGAAUUUUCCUGCACCCUAGGUUUGGAGGUGGCAGCUUGGGGCAUGUUUAUCAAUGCCACGGGCGUACCAAUGAGCUUGUCCUUGCCCAAAGAGGGAGCACGCUAUCCGAUUGGUGCAAACUGUUUGGAAAUGUUGCCUGUGAUCAGCGGUUACUUUACCAUUGAUGUUACCUUUGGUUCCAAUUGGAUACCUUCGAUGCCCAUUUGCCUAGAACAACAAAUGCAGGCGGUGCAGACAUCGAGUGGCAUUGGACGACCUGUUGUGCUGCGGGUGAAUUCGUAUGUGGACUUGGUUGUGGUGCGCAACGAGGAUGUUUUUCGCAUGAUCUUAGAAUAUAAAAUUGAAGAUGGGCGACGUGUGUUCAAGCUACGCUCCAAGUUUAUCAUUGCCAACUUUACGGAUGUGGUGCUGCAUGCAAUGCCGCUGACAAUGGAUCACAAGGAGACCUCCAGUCGGGAGGAUGUCAGCCUGCUGGACAUGACUAAAAAUAUACGCAAUUUGCUGCCCAUCAAGGCAAAGGAAAAAUCCAUUGGUGUAACCAUGGAAAUGUUUCACGAUCUGAAUGCGCGCAAGACGAAGCACACCAGUGACACUGCCUUUGUGUACUUCGUCAGCUUUGCGGCGAACAAUACCCAGCACAUUUCCAUACCUGUCCCAUUGGCCAUGCCGUUCACACGCCGUUGCUUCAGCGUGCAGAAUGGCAAGGAAUCAAUUCCAUUGACAAUCACGUUCAUUGAGAAGGAUAAUAUAUAUUAUCUCAAUGUGUUCCGGGACACUGCGCCGACGAUUGUGAUUAGCAACAACACGAAUGUGAAGUUCAUUGUGGCCCAGACAACGGCGUCGGGGAACAGCAAUGUGACUUGCACCACAUCCGAGUUUGCGGGCAAGCAUUUUGAGUGGAAUCAACUGAUUGAGCCGUACAGCAAGUGUUACUAUUCACCACCUCAAAUGUACGCCAACUUCCCCGAUGUGGAGUACAGCAUGUGCAAUCUUUCACUUGCGCUUUACAAUGCGCCUAGCACUUGUAGCAAGAACAAGAUCGGCUGGAGCAAACCCAUACGCACCGACAAGUCGUGGCAGAAGUUUAUGCAUGUGCCCAACCAUGGCGACAUCAAAGUGAUCAUCUGUGAUAAGCAUCGAGUGAUACGCUUCAACAUCUAUUACAUUGCACAGCAGAUGGAGUUCUCUGUGAAGGAUCUGCGCUCACGUCUCACCAAACCUGAUGAGGAUGCCACGCUCAUGUUGCCAGAGAAUGUAUUAAAAGCAUCAUUCCACAAUCAUGAAAAAGAGGACUUGAGCGAACCAGAGGAGGAAAUAAUCAACGCUGAUUGCAUGCACUUUCAACAAGAGUGCGAGCAGAAGAUUCAACUAAACCUGCGCACGUUCAUCAAGAGUUUUGUGUUUAGUCUGCAGACCAACAAUCGCGAGCAGGAUUACUUAAAGACUGAAGUAUGUAACAUGUAUGCGGACGAUGUGAUGCUUGCGUACAAUGAUGAUGACGAUCAGCGCGUGCUGCAUCUGCAACUGCCUAAUAUGCAGAUUGACAAUCAACUCUACACUAAUGGCAAGUACGAUUUCCCUGUGCUGCUCUGCGCUCAGCAGCUCUACAAACGCAACUGUUGCCUGCCGCUGGUCUACGAUCUCGACGCAGUCUACAAGCGGCAGGCGGAACGUAUGCCCGUCUCUCUGCUGAGCUUUGUCUUCUACCAGGACGAGUUUCAUUUGCAGUCGGUGCGUUGUCAACUGCAGCCAUUGCGUGUGUACAUCGAGGAUGCGUAUCUUAAUCAACUGCUCGAUACACUAGUCGAAUGCGAGCCCUCCAACUGCGUCUAUACGCCGCCACUCGACACUGAACGUGUUGAACUGGCCGACGGUCAGACUCUAUUGCCUACGCAUCUUGUUACGCAAGCAUUGUACAUUUCAGAGCCAUUGCGUUUGGAUAGCUUUGUGGUGGAGCCGCUGAGUCUGCUGCUAUCGGUGCACACUUCGUCGCGUCUGUACAUUGCCUUGGAUCAUUCGCCGUUAUCGUUUUCCCGCUACGAGCGACACCAGAUACUGACGGUGCCGCUGCGCUUCGGUCAAUCCCUGGGCUUGCAUUAUCUGAGUGGUGCCAUCUUUGGUGCCGGUUGGGUGGUGGGAUCCCUGGAGAUACUGGGCAGUCCUAGUGGCUUGGCGCGUUCCUUCAGCACUGGACUCCGCGACUUUAUCUCGAUGCCAGUGCAAGGACUGUUUCGUGGUCCAUGGGGAUUCGUGGUUGGCGUUACUCAAGGAUCUGCAUCGUUGCUGCGCAAUGUGACGGCGGGCACGGUGAACUCGGUGACCAAAUUGGCCGGCUCGGUGGCACGCAAUCUGGACAGACUAACGCUCGACUCGGAACACAUAGAGCUAACAGAAGCGAGGCGACGUGCACGUCCCCAAGGCUUUGCGGAUGGCCUCACGCAAGGCUUGACCGGACUGGGCAUUAGUCUGCUGGGCGCUGUCGGCGGGAUAGCGCAUCAUACGCUGGAGGCACGCUCCUCUGUGGGUGUCAUCACAGGUCUGACCAAAGGCAUUGUGGGCGCUCUAACGAAGCCCAUUAGUGGUGCAGCUGAAAUGCUGGCACUUACCGGCCAAGGAGUGCUGCACACCGUGGGCUUUAAUACGAUGCCACAGCAGGUGGAGCCGAGCACCACACGCAAUGUGGCGUUGCAUGCAAGCUCCUAUCGCAUCUGGCGUUACUUGCCGCCCCAGUUGAAAAAGGAUCAGAUAUUGUUCUUCCAGGAUAUUACACUGCUGUUGAAUGGACAAAUGCUGCCAGCGUUGCUGUUCGUAACAUCCACAGUGCUCGUUAUCAUCGAGUUGCAACGCGAGGAUUUGACAUUCAUAGCGUCGGUGCUGAAGGUUGAGGUUGUGGCGGAUCGUGAGGAUCCCACCAAGCUGUACUUGAGCUUGAGACCCGAGCAGGCUGACGGCAUUGAAGGCCAAUUAAGGUACACGAACGAGCGCAUCAAGAGUUUUCUGAGUUCUUCGUGGGCGCAUGUUAAGUUCAACGAUUCGCUGAGCGAUCUACUUCACGUGAGUGACCACGAGGAGGAUGAUGAACAUCGCCAGAGCCAGUGCACCUUCUUCCUCAAGCAAAACAUGGGCGAGCAUCUGAUGCACUACCUGAAGGUUAUUCGCCAAACGCAAUAGACUUUACUCUUUCUGUACAGCCAAUGUAUUGUUAUCUAGAUGCAUACAAAUCCCCAUAUUUAUAUUUGUAAUUGCCCCCUUUUCUACUCCGUGUCCACGUGUGGUGUCUUAAGUGCAUUCUGCAAAGUAUUUUCAAAUCGACUGUAUUGCUAUUUGCCAAAAAAAAGAAGAAAGAAGACAACAACAACAAAACAAAUUACAUAUUCGAGUAAUGCAGCCAAUUUCUUUUUGUUAACCUUUUUGACUGGUUGCCCUUUUGCAAUAAAUACGAAAAUUAUAAAUUAU